AUCGUCUGCCCUCCGUCUACCCGCCUGCAAGCGCAGUAUACCACUCACGACCCCCCUGCACGGAAACGACUCUAGCGAGGAUCCAUACCACGAUACCAUCACGUCAUAUAACCAAGCACGGGCGGCUAAAGUGUCUCACCUGAAUAUUUGAAUAGCGACAUCACGACCUUUGAAAUUAUUAUAUCACUACAAUGGACGCAAGGCAGCAAGAUCCAGAGGAGUACUAUGUCAAGCAGGACAGGAUAGGCAAGGGCUCGUUCGGGGAGGUGUACAAGGGCUAUGACAAGCGGACACAGAAGACAGUAGCCAUUAAGAUUAUUGAUUUAGAGAGCGCGGAGGACGAGAUUGAGGACAUCCAGCAGGAGAUCCAGAUACUUUCGCAGAUGGAUUCCCCACACGUCACCAAAUACCAUGGAUCAUUCCUGAAAGGAUCAAACUUAUGGAUUGUCAUGGAAUAUUGCUCGGGAGGUUCUUGUUCCGAUCUUAUGAAACCGGGUGUGUUCCGGGAAGAAUACAUCGCUAUCAUCGUUCGUGAGCUGCUCAAGGGUCUGGAAUACCUCCAUUCAGAGGGCAAACUGCACCGAGACAUCAAAGCUGCAAACAUAUUGCUAUCCGCAACUGGUGAUGUCAAGCUCGCUGACUUUGGUGUUUCGGGGCAAUUGUCGGGAACGCUAUCGGCGAAGAAGAACACUUUUGUUGGGACUCCGUACUGGAUGUCACCGGAGGUGAUCAAGCAGAGUGGAUACGACCAUAAGGCAGACAUUUGGAGUCUAGGAAUCACCGCGAUCGAACUUGCCAAAGGGGAGCCUCCAUAUGCCGAGCUGCACCCCAUGAAGGUUCUGUUUUUAAUUCCCAAAAACCCACCCCCACUACUAGACAGUCAUUUCUCCAAGCCUUUCCGAGACUUUGUUGCCUACUGCCUCCAGCGAGACCCACGAGAUCGUCCGACUGCACGAGAACUUCUUAAGCACAAGUUUGUUCGGCUGGCAAAGAAGACGUCCUACCUGACCGAGCUGAUAGAGCGACACGAACGUUGGAGAGCAGAGGGCGGCGAGCGGUUAGAGGAGGAGGAGCAGGCUGCUUCUGAUGAGCAAGGCGAUGCCGAGGAUCCUGAAGAUCUUUGGGAUUUCGGCACUGUGCGACAUGCCGGGCGGACGGGUACCGUCGGGCGUAAUUCGAACUUUGCUUCUAUCAAAGUAUCGGGUCCACCAUUGACAUGGGAGAUGAAGGAUGGCGGAAGAGGGACGAGUCGAUCGGGUGGUUCUGUCGAGUCUUUGGCCAGUAAUUCAACCGCGACCAAGCAGCGCCCUGGUUCGAUAGUGAACGUGAAGACGGAGUUACCUCCAAUCCCUGGAUCAGGCACGUCACCGGGCACGCCGCGAUCCAAUGGUAAUGAAGUACAUACAGGCGUGAUAGGUGGGGGUGUACAGAACUUUAGGAAUGCGACACGCGAGCCCUCAGACGAGGAUGAUUACGAUGACGAGUACGAAGAUACAUAUGGUCGUGCUCGGGGGCCGCCUCCUUCAGGGGAUGAGCUGCCAGAUACGACCAUGCUCGACUCUGUCAUUUUACCUGCGAUUGCCUCCCUAUUCCCUCGCGUCUCGACACAAGAGGCUCGUGUCGCUCUGAGUGCAUUGCAGCGAGCAUUCACAGACGCAGAGCGUAUCAUUCCUGGUGUCACUAUGGAACUCGUGAACGAGAUCGUGGACUCUGUCGAACGUGUCGAGGAUUCUUGAACUGCAACGGCGGCAAUCUUUCUUGCUUAUUCAUUUCAUAUUUCACUCAUGUAUUCCUCGUCUCCACACAUAUAUAUCCGCGGACAGCCGUCUAGUUCUCAAGUAUUCCAUCCACUCAAUAGUCACGGCACCCCGUGCCGCGCCGUCGCUCUUCAAGCCCUCUCAAACUAGCCGUGUCUGUCCUCAAUCUGUCUUUUCUUCCUUCCCGGAUCACAUCUGCUUGUUUGGCUUUUGGUUGUUGACACUCACUUUUUUGAGCUAAUAUCACGCAUUUUCCUUUUAUUACCCUAAUAUUUUUUCAAUGUUCAUUGCAUUGUUCACCGUCACGUUUUCUUCGCAAGUUUGCAGUUACAUCCCGGUGUAUCUCAUUCC